AUGGCUGCCACUCAAACAAUCACCGUCCCCCACCUAGGCGGCGUCAAGGCCGGCUACGCCUUCGCCAAGGGCCAAUACGAUCCCACCAAGCCAACAUGCGUGCUGAUUAAUUCGAUGUGCAUGACCGUGUCUCUGUACUAUGAACAGUUCAACAACGACGCCCUGAACGAUGCCAUGAACCUGCUUGCCAUCGAGCCGCUAGGACAUGGCUCGACCAGUUCCCCUUCUGAGCACUUUACGUACUGGGAUUCCGCCCACAUGGCCUUGCAGGUCAUGGACCACUUUGGGAUUCAGAAAUCCUUCGUGCUGGGCACAAGCCAGGGCGGGUGGAUCGUGACUAGAAUGGCGCUUCUGGCCCCGGACAGGAUACUCGGUCUGAUGCCUCUUGGAACCUCCAUGGAUUAUGAAUCUCAGGAAUCGCGCUCCAAGAACUGCUGGGACCCCGCUGCGAAUCUCACGGUAUUUUACGAGAAGUGGACUAGUCCCUCGGCUACACCCGAUUUUGUUGUGGAUGAUGUCUGGUGUGGAUUGGUGGGUGGAAUUGGCUUCGGUGCCGCUGCCACCGCUGAGCGAUCUGCAUUCUGGACUCAAACUUUGAAGGAUGUAUACAAGGGCGAUGAGGGCCGGAAAAAGGUCCGCAUGGCGCUCAAUUGUCUGCUAGAGAGAGACGGACUGCUGCUCCGGAUCGGUGAUAUCAAAUGUCCUGUUCAUUGGCUACAGGGUACCGAAGAUGUUCCGUUCUCGACGAUCGUGCCGGCGGAGCACAUUAAACGUUUCACCUCGUCUGUGGAUGCUAAACUUGUGAUGAUUGAGGGGGGUGCGCAUUAUCUCAAUGCUACCAACCCCAAGGAGGUAAAUGAGGCCCUGUUGGCUAUGGUCAAGAAGUACGGUUCCGCUACUGCGAAGAGUCGAUGA